AUGCAUUCUUCUUCAAAUGUUCUUCACAGUGGUGUUUAUGGCAAGACAAUUAAAAGAUGUUCUCUAAAGAUCACUGGGGUUGAUUUCCUUAAAAAGGAGAAUACCUGUCUUCAUCAUACUAACAGGUAUAAGAAUGAUCACCUGAUUGUACGGCGUGGGCAAGAGUUUCAGUUGAAAGUAUCAUGCAGCAGGGAGUUGAAAGAUGAUGACAAAAUCUUUCUGCAACUCAGCCUCGGUGAAAAUCCAGUUCAAUCCAAUGGAACAUUAUUAUGCUUGGACACAAAGUCAGGGCAGAAUGAUCAAGGAUGGCAUGCCAAGAUCUGUCAAACAAAUGGGAAUGAGUGCUUCAUUGCUGUGACCAGUCCAGAGGAUGCAAUUAUUGGAAAAUAUGGUCUGGAUGUGAUAACAGAGUCUAGUGUUUGUGACCCUGGAAAGAAUUUUCUAUAUGUAUUGUUCAAUCCUUGGUGUGAAGCGGAUUCUGUUUUUAUGGCUGGUGAUGCCCAAAAAGCUGAGUAUGUGCUCAAUGCUACUGGAUUUCAGUAUUGUGGACCAACUGAACAUAUAUUCCCAAAGCCUUGGCACUAUGGGCAGUUUGAAGAAGACAUCUUGGAUUGCUGCAUGUACCUCUUGCACAAGAGUGAACUUGGACCAAACGAUCGUCGAGAUCCAAUUAUGAUUGCCAGAGCUAUGUCAGCAUUGGUUAACAUGAAGGAUGACAAGGGAGUGAUCCUUGGAAAAUGGGGAAGCCCAUAUAUAAAUGGUACUCGUCCUGGUAAUUGGAAAGGAAGCGUCCAGAUUUUGCAGCAGUAUUACAGAACGAAAAAAACAGUCUCUUAUGCCCAGUGCUGGGUGUUUUCUGGUGUUCUUACCACAGUCAUGCGCUGUCUAGGGAUUCCAGCAAGAAGCGUAACAACAACGGAUGCAGGUCGUGAUAAAGAGGGAAAUAUAAAUGUAGAUAUAUACUACAAUGAAAAGAAGGAAAGACUACCUGAUGGAGAUUUUGUGUGGAACUUCCAUGUAUGGAAUGAUAUCUGGAUGAAAAGGCCAGACUUAUCAGAAGGGCAUGAUGGCUGGCAAGCAGUUGAUGGCACACCUCUGGAAAAGAGCGAAGGGAUUUUUCGUUGUGGUCCUGCAUCAGUAAAGGCAAUCAAAUAUGGAGAAGUCAGUCUUGACUAUGACACCAUGUUACUGUUUUCUGCAGUGAAUGCAGAUGAGGUCCAUUGGAUCAUAGAGAAAGUUAACGGAGAAGAUAAAUAUGUCAAUUACAAGGUAGAAUCCAAGGAAAUAGGAAAGAAAAUCCUCACCAAAGCUAUUGGCAAAGACACACAUGAAGAUAUCAAAGAUGAAUACAAAUUCCCAGAAGACUCUGAAGAAGAAAGGAAAGCGAUGCAAAUUGCUAUAUCGCAUUUAAAAGAUCGCUAUCGUGCAUCAAAACAAGCCUUAAAGUUCAUCAAGGCAAGCAUUGAGCUUGGGUGUAAAGAAGAGAAAGUAGUCCUGACAGGACAACCCAUUGAUCUGAAUAUUACUAUUAAGAGCAAGUCAGGAGAUGCACGGGUGGUCAACCUUUCAGCUUCUUGUCAUUUGGAGUCAUACACUGGAGAAAUAGAGGCCAGCCUUGGAACUAUCCAGCAGACGAUCCUGACAGAAGGCAAGACAGUCACUGAGAUCCCUCUGAAAAUACCUGCUGAUGCUUACAUGAAGGUGAUGAGUCAAACAGAGGAUGAACUUCUGGUCAAAGUCAAUAUUUUUGCUAAUGUUCAGGAAACCAAUGAGAAACUCAUAAAGCCCCUGACAUUGACUUUUCUAUACCCAGAUCUUACAGUUUUGAUGCCCAGUACAGCAAAGGUAAAUGAAAAAAUUACCUGUGCAUUGAUUUUAAAGAAUAAACUGCCAAUUCCCUUGGAAAACUGCAAACUGCUGGUAGAAGAUCUAGACGUUUUAUUAAAAGCAUUUGACCAUGGGACUGUACUACCACAAGAAACUGUAACAUCCAAAAUAGAGUAUGUGGCAAAGAAAACUGGAGACCAAAUGAUAGUGGCCAAAUGGAACUCCACUCAAGUGAAAGGAAUCACUGCAGUGAGAUUUAUUGAAAUUACUGAAUAG